AUCUGUAGAUGGGAAGUAGUGGCAUGUUUGAGUGAAAUUGUCACCAAUGACACACUAUCAAAUAAAAAGCAGAAAGUGUCAAAAGAAUGCAGGAGUCAACUAAGAGUAGAACUUAUACAACGAGAUGAGAAUAUCCAUUUAGACCCUGCAUUGGAAAAUGCUUGUAAAAAUGACCAGAUUAAGUUUUGCAAUAAUAGAAGCCCUGGAGAAUCUCAGGUACUGGAAUGCUUGAAAGAGCACAAGAAACAGUUAUCGUCUGCCUGUCACAGAGUCAUAUUUAAUCGAGAAAAAGAUGAAAUGUUUGAUAAUUCCAUAGACUAUAAUCUUAUGACGACGUGCAAGCGCAUGAUAAAAAAGUAUUGUGAAUCAGCUCAAAUGUCUCAGGUUUUGGACUGUUUGAAAGAAUAUCGCAAUGAAUAUAUGGAUCCACAGUGUAGUAAACUAAUUCUGAAACGUAUGAUAGAACAGAAUACAGAUUAUAGGUUAAAUUAUCGACUGAAGCACGCGUGUAGUGCUGACAUCGGAAAAUUCUGUUCCAAAGUAUUGGAUGAGCAUAUUAAACACAAAGAGACCGAAGAAUUUGAGGGUAAAAUAAUUGCCUGUUUGAAACAAGUAUAUAAAAAAGAUCGUCUUUCUGACUCCUGUAAGUCUGAAGUUAUGUUUAUAAUUCGAGAAGAGGCUGAAGAUUAUCAUUUAAAUGUAGUGUUAAUGAAGGCCUGCGCUAAUGAGAUUCGGACGAAAUGUGCAGAAGAAAAUCAUGUAGAAGAAUGUCUGAAGUUGAAAUUUCAGAAUAAAGAAAUCAGUAAUCAAGAAUGCAAAUUGGAAGUAAUUCGACUGAUUGAAGAAGGAAAGGCGGACAUCCAGUCGGAUCCUCUUCUGUACAAUGCGUGUCUUCAGGACGUCCGACGUCACUGUGUGGAUCUGCGACCUGGACAGGGACGGCGUAUGUCUUUUUCUUUUUAUUAUCAAACAGAACUAGUUUCAAAUCCUUAACUUAGUCUACAGUUA